AUGAACGAUGAACUAUCUUCUGUAGCGGCAUUACCAGACAAGGACAAUCUUGAUAAUGGUAGUAGCAAUAUUGAUAAAAGGGCAGCGGGCAACGAUAGUGACGGCGACGGCGACGACGACGGACUACGAUUACCCAGGACCACAGGCACUUUGAACGUCAAUGCCUUACAGAAAGAUACUAAUGUUGCUCAUGAAGCUGGAGAAUAUAAAUCAAUGGAUCCUGCUAGAAACCUGGACACAAACAAUAAUGACGAGAAUAAUGUCGUCUCGCUGGAUGAUCCUAUUCAGUUUACUCGCGUAUCUUCCUCCUCCGUCAUCAGUGGAAUGUCUUCCUCUACGAGUGCACAUUCUGAUAAGAACGAAGCCAAAACUCCGGAACAAGUCACUCCAAAUAUAAAUACCAAUAAUAUGACUUCAAACAAUUCCGCUGACAACACUUUUUCCACGAUAAAUGCGUCCGAGUCGGAUCACCAGUUUAAUGACACUUUAUUGUCGAAGCUGUCGUUGACAGAUUCCACAGAGACUAUAGAAAAUAAUACUACCGCGAAGCAUCAACAGCCGAUUGGAUCUUCCACCGUGAAUUCGAAUAAAAGCUCAAUUGAUAUACGAAGAGCGACACCAGUGUCCACACCCGUCAUCUCUAAACCGUCAAUGAUGGCUACUCCAAGACAAAUCAGUUCAGCGUCUCAUUCACUUUCGAACCCUAAGCAUAAGCAACACAAACCGAAGGUCAAGCCGCCCAAAGCUGAACCGAAAAGUAAACCACUUUCUGUAAAGAAGGGCUUCCCAUCGAAAAACCCAUUAAAAAAUUCCUCUCCACCUAAAAAGCAAACCGAGAAACCGUAUUAUUCUUCCUCUACGAAAAAAAGAAAAAGCGGUUCAAGCAGUGGUACCCUAAGAAUGAAAGACGUCUUUUCAUCCUUUGUGCAAAAUAUAAAGAGGAACUCUCAGGAUGAUAAAAGGGCCUCAUCUUCAUCUAACAACUCUUCCUCGUCGUCUACGACUACCGCUCUGAGAAUAUCUACACCAUACAAUGCCAAGCAUAUACAUCAUGUAGGCGUAGACUCCAAGACAGGUGAAUAUACAGGAUUGCCAGAGGAAUGGGAAAAACUGUUGACUUCCAGUGGUAUUUCCAAAAGAGAACAACAGCAAAACAUGCAAGCGGUUAUGGAUAUUGUCAAAUUCUAUCAGGAUGUCACGGAAACGAACGGUGAAGAUAAAAUGUUCAAGACUUUCAACACGACUACAGGGUUGCCGGGAACCCCUCGCGUUUCAACACCACCUUCCAACUCCUUCAACAAAUUUCCUCUGUCGACCACUGAUUCAUACAAUCACAGUUCUAGAACCGGUACACCAAUGUCUAAUCACGUUAUGUCUCCGAGCUUGAAUACAGAUUCCAGCUCAUCAAACGCAAAAUUCAUACCAAGUAGACCAGCUCCCAAACCUCCAUCUUCUGCCUCCACUUCAGCUCCAAUUAUAAAAUCGCCUGGCAUGAAUCCGCCUUCCUCCAAUGCCUCACCCUUGAGAUAUGUGCCUACAACUCCCAGCAGAACUAGCACAAAUGGAUCCUCAAUAUCAAGAAAUGCCACUCUCAAAAGAGAGGAGCAGCCACUGCCACCAAUACCUCCAACUAAAUCCAAAACAUCUCCAAUCAUUUCGACACCUCUCACGCCACAGCAAGUUCCGCAAUCACCAAAGGCAUCGACACAGGAGCCGGUAACGACACCUACUGCCAAACCGGUUCAAGCAAGAAGCUUGUCCAAAGAAUUAAAUGAGAAGAAGAGAGAGGAAAGGGAAAGACGUAAGAAGCAAUUAUACGCAAAAUUGAACGAAAUUUGCUCUGAGGGUGACCCAAGUAUAAAGUACGCAAACUUAGUGAAAAUCGGCCAAGGUGCUUCAGGUGGUGUUUACACUGCUUAUGAAAUAGGUACAAAUGUCUCGGUGGCCAUUAAGCAAAUGAACCUGGAAAAGCAACCUAAGAAGGAGCUGAUCAUUAAUGAAAUUCUGGUCAUGAAGGGCAGCAGGCAUCCUAAUAUUGUUAAUUUCAUCGAUUCCUAUGUCCUAAAGGGCGAUCUUUGGGUCAUUAUGGAAUACAUGGAAGGUGGCUCCUUGACUGACGUGGUUACUCAUUGUAUUCUGACAGAGGGCCAAAUUGGUGCCGUUUGUAGAGAAACUUUGAGUGGGUUGAAGUUUUUACAUUCGAAAGGUGUUCUACAUAGAGAUAUCAAAUCCGAUAACAUCUUAUUAUCCAUGGAAGGUGACAUUAAAUUAACAGAUUUCGGUUUUUGUGCUCAAAUCAAUGAAUUGAAUUUGAAAAGAACUACUAUGGUGGGAACGCCUUAUUGGAUGGCACCUGAGGUAGUCUCUAGAAAAGAAUAUGGUCCAAAAGUGGAUAUAUGGUCAUUAGGUAUUAUGAUCAUUGAAAUGAUUGAAGGUGAGCCUCCAUAUUUAAAUGAAACUCCGUUAAGAGCGCUGUAUCUGAUUGCUACAAAUGGUACUCCCAAACUAAAGGAGCCCGAGAAUCUAUCGUCAAGCCUGAAGAAAUUCCUUGACUGGUGCUUAUGUGUGGAACCCGAAGAAAGAGCAAGCGCUACAGAGUUACUCCAUGACGAAUAUAUCACGGAAAUAGCUGAAGCCAACUCCUCAUUGGCGCCGCUAGUCAAAUUGGCAAGAUUAAAAAAAUUAGCAGAAAACAUGGAUGCUGAUGAAGAUAAUGACGACGAUAAUGACAACGAGCAUAAUAAUAAGACAAAUGACUGUGACGACAAUAACGAUAACAAAGAAACUGUAAAUGUAACUGUAACUGAAAAUGAUAAAUAA